AGAAAUUUUUUUUUUUAAAAAAUACAUUCAUUUUACCCUUUCUUUCUCUAGAUUUACCCAGUUAUGUCACAAGCUUCAGGUUCUAUCGCCAACCGUUUUGUUCAGAAAAUUACUUCCAAAGAAUUCAAAGGCUAUUUAAUGAGUACUCAUUUUUGGGGCCCUGUUGUCAACUGGGGUCUUCCUAUUGCUGCCAUUGCAGAUACUCAAAAGGAUCCUAGUCUAAUUUCUGGCAACAUGACAACAGCUUUAUGUCUUUACUCUGCUCUUUUCAUGCGUUUUGCUUUGGCUGUUCAGCCCAAGAACUAUUUGUUGUUUGCUUGUCAUGCUGUCAAUGAAGCAGCUCAAUUAACUCAAGGUUACCGUUACCUUCAAUAUAACCAGUAAGUCUAUAGUGUAUAUAACAAGUGUGUUUAUUGUGAUUAGUUUCGGUAAAAAGGAAGAAGUCUCCAAGGUUGUUAAGGAAUCUGCUUAGACAAAUAACAAUAAAGUGGGGAUUUAUAUAUCUAAUGUUGUACGUGCAUUUAAACCUAUUGUCUCAAUAGCCCGAGAAAAGGCUUUACUGUUGAUUGAUUUUUGUGAAUCCAUAUUGUAAAAAGGAUUGCAGAUAUUGGAUACAUAAGCAGAAUGGAUCCUUUUAAACAACUAUAAAGAAGGUCAAUAAAGAAAGAUAGAAA